CAGCAAGGACCCCAGUCCUGUAGAGGAGACAGAGGAGAGUAUGGAGGCAGCCCCAGAGGAGGAGGCAGUUGCCAUGGAAACAGAAGCUGCAGAGCAACCAGGUGUUACAGACAAGGAGGAGGAGACGUCGGCUGUGGAGACCACCGAGACAGAAAAUGGGGAGGAUGGAGUUGACGAGUCUGAAGCUGGCGACAGCCUGGAAAGAAACUUUGAUGUCUGUGAGGUCCAGUGUGCUAUGUGUUACAAGUGGUAUGCAGCGGACAAUCUAGACUGUCAUGAAAGUAUGGGAGAGUGUUUGCCCUUUAUGAGUAACUACACAUUCUACUGCAAGCACUGCCAUCAGUCCAAAACUGACAACUUCACUAAGGCCAAAGCAAAUUUCACUCAGUUCUGUAUAACUGCCCUGGCAAACUUGACUCACAGACAUCGACAAGAUGAAAAUCCCAGGACCAUGUUCUCCAAGGAAAAGGAAGUGGUGCCCUUCAUAGACAAGCAUUGGGAGGCACUAACUCACAUGCCCCGUCGUGUGAAACUCACCUGGCACACUACCAUCACUAAAACUAUGACCAGAGAAGCAGACCUGUUUGUAGCCCAGGAGAAUCCAGAGGGAGGAGAGAAUGACAUGAUAUUUGGGCUACUUGACCAGGACUUGUCGAGAAUUGGCCCCAACAUCGACUCGCAGAAGCUGAGCAGCAGCAUGAGGGAGAACGGACAGAAGCUGGCAUCAUCACUGUCUUCUUCUCAGAACGGAAUGGGUUCCCUGGCAGCAGCAGGGAAGGGUCGAGGAGCCAAGCGAAAGGCUGUGGAAAACACACAGUCAACAACAGCCAGUAAGAGAACACGCGGGGACAUCCUGACGUCCCUGAAGCUGCCUCCGCUGGGCUUCCCUCAGGAGCACCCCUUCAACAAGGACGGAUAUCGCUACAUCCUGGCCGAGCCUGACCCCCACGCGCCGCACCAGCUACUGGAUACAGACUUCUACGCUGGGAAACCCAUCCCAGCAGAGCUGUACCGCAGAGCGCUGCAUGAUCGAGUUCUACUGGCCCUGCACGACAGAGCUCCCCAGUUGAAGAUUUCUGAAGACAGACUGUCGGUGACUGGAGAGAAAGGCUACUCCAUGGUCAGAGCUACUCAUGGAGUCAACCGUGGAGCCUGGUACUUUGAGGUUAACAUCGAGGAAAUGCCAGAAGGGACGGCCACAAGACUGGGCUGGGGACAGGCUUUAGGAAAUCUCCAGGCCCCUCUCGGUUACGACCGGUUUGGGUACUCGUGGCGCAGCAGGAAGGGGACGAGGUUCCACCAGAGUCGGGGGAAGCACUACAGCGAGGGGUACGGACAGGGCGAUGUGCUGGGGUUCUAUAUCUCACUACCGGAGAGCUCAGCACCCGGCGCACUGCUGCCAGAAACUCACAAGGAAACUCCCCUGAUAAAGUUCAAAGGUUACCUGUACUUUGAAGAGAGAGACAACAUGGACGCUGCACUCAAGAACCUCACACCUCAGGAAGGGAGCAAGAUUGUGUACUACAAGAAUGGAGAGAGCCAGGGGACAGCAUGGGAGGAUAUCUACUCAGGGACUUACUAUCCUGCCAUCUCACUCUACAAGAACGUCAUGGUGACUGUGAACUUUGGACCUGACUUCAAAUUUCCACCAAAGGACCUGGACCCCAGCAGCUACCAACCUAUGUCAGCGGCUGCUCAGGAGUCCAUGGUGGAGUACACACUGGCUGAAGGGCUGUAUCACAUAGAAAACGGCACUUCCAUACAUCUAAACCAAGAGGAGGACCAGCUAACAGACCCACUACUCUUUCCUACCUCUUAGAUACUAGUAUCUUCUUUACAUCUACAGUUAGUUUAAAAUUUGUAGUAGUGACUGCUUGGUACAGUUUUGUUUUGAAGGACUGUACAUAUAUAUCACAAUAUAUAGAGAAUGGCACAUCCAUCCAUCUAAACCAAGAGGAGGACCAGCAAACAGAUACACUACUAUUUCCUUCCUCUUAGAUAUCUUCUUUACCUCUACAGUUAGUUUGAAAUUUGUAGUAAUGACUGCUUGGUACAGUUUUGUUGUGAACCUUGGCUAAUGGGUACAGCUAUCUGUAUGUCAGAGUGAGUAGAUGGUUAGGUGGGUGGGGGGCAGGGGCAGAGUUUAGACUUAGGUGUAAUCUUAAUACUAGUAACACUUCUGAUCUGCAACAAGGAAACUGCUCAUUAUUUCUUCUUUAGAAACCAGUUGUGAAAGAUGUUGUCAUGGCAGCUUUUCUAUUCAUGUACUU